CCAGCUUCGGCCAUGCUGGGCCCCGACGUCAUGCAAACCCCCUGCUGUGUUUUACGCUUGAAGCGGAGAGUGUGAGUGGAGGAAAGAGGGCAGCUUAAGGGCAACUUUUCGAGUGGAACAUCACAAAAAUAGAUUUCUGUGCUGUUCGAAAAUGGCUCAAAUGACGUCCGAAGAGGCCGAGCAAGAUUCUCAGCCGACGUCGGAUCAAAACGGCACCGGUGAAACAGCAGAAACCGGCACAGACGAACAGGCCGUGCCGGACCUCAAAAAGGGACCGGGCGACAACAACGAGAACAGAGCAGGAAUGGACGUGAACAGUGGCCGUGGUGCGUCGGAGGAGCACGGGGACAACCCAUCUCGUGUUCUCGACGCCGACAAAGAAAGUGCCCCUCCGACCGAAAAAACAGACAGCGAUGAAGGGGAACCCGGUGGUAAACUCUCUGAACCGGGGAAAAGUCCUGUUCAGGGGAGUUUGGCGAGUAGCAUUGAUUCUGCACAAGAGGGCUCCCGGGUGCUGAAACAAGAACAAAGAGAGGCGAAGAACGUGUCCUCCUCACUGCCUACCGACCGCACAAAGACCGCGGAGAAAGCCGAGCACGGCACCAAGAGACGGGCCAGCGUGGAACUGACCUCUUCGGAUGGAGAGCCGCUCAGUCGGAUGGAUUCAGAAGACAGUAUCAGCAGCACCCUGAUGGACAUGGAGAGCACAGCGUCCAGUGGUCGCUCCACCCCAGCCAUGCUCAACGGGCACAGCGGGGGUGCGGUGUCUGGGAGCAGCCUUGUGCCAGCGGGGGGCAAGUCUCUGAGCUACACAUGCUGCUGGGAUCACUGCCAGCUGCUGUUCCCCAGCAGCCCCGACCUGGCAGAACACAUCAGAGCCACACAUGUGGACGGACAGAGAGGAGGGGUGUUUGUGUGUUUGUGGAAGGGCUGUAAAGUGUACAACACACCAUCAACCAGUCAGAGCUGGCUGCAGAGACACAUGCUGACCCACAGCGGGGACAAACCAUUCAAGUGUGUAGUAGGGGGCUGCAACGCCACCUUUGCAUCUCAGGGGGGGCUGGCACGUCACGUCCCCACUCACUUCAGCUCGCAGAGUUCAUCCAAAGUGUCCAAUCAGGGCAAAGUGAAGGAGGAGUCUCCAUCCAAGGCCGGCCUUAACAAGAGGAGGAAGCUCAAGAACAAACACAGGCGCUCGCUCCCCCGACCUCAUGACUUCUUUGAUGCUCAGACCAUGGACGCUAUUCGUCAUCGAGCCAUCUGCCUCAACCUGGCAACACACAUCGAGAGCCUGGGUAAUGGACACAGCGUGGUCUUCCACAGCACGGUAAUAGCCAGGAGGAAAGAGGACUCUGGGAAAGUAAAGGUCCUGUUGCACUGGACACCUGAAGACAUACUGCCAGACGUGUGGGUGAAUGAGAGCGACAGACUGCAGCAGAAAACCAAGGUGGUUCAUCUGUCAAAGCUUCCCACAGACACAGCUGUACUUCUGGACCCCAACAUCUACAGGAUGUUCUUCUAACACCGCCAGAGUAGCUCCAUUGUCACUUCCUGCUAGUCAAACCUUGAGAAGGAGGACAUUUCCUUGUCCCUUCGUCUCCAUCUCCACGUUCCUCUUCUCCCAGAGGAUGCAGGGAGUGUAGUGAUUUGUUUGUCAUGGCUGUCUGAGGCCUUCAGUGUUUUCUCAUUAGGUGCUGAGUUUACUGAGGACGCGUAGGGCAAGAUGUUGCUUGUUUUAGGUAACACAACUAGACUGAAAACUAACUGACAGAGCUGUAACUGUAGACAUGUGUAGAAAGAAGCUGUCUUUGUAAAUACUUGAGAUUUGUAAUAUAUUUUUAUACUUUGAAUUUUUUACUGUACUGUAGAUAGAUGUCUUUUUUCCAAACAUUUUUAAAUAGAUGUUUUAAAAACUGAUAAUAUUGAUCAUGCAUAUAGCUGGCAUUUCUCUGGUUUGAUGUCAUUAAACUUUUCCAACCUCCA